AUUUGAAGGAUCUUUUUUCCCAUGAAGCUGUUGUAUUUAUGCACAUCCAGAUGAUAUAUACAUUUGGGAGGGAUCCACAGUUGCAAAGAAGUAUCACGGCUGAAACUGCACCUCUAAUAUCUGCUCCUGUAAUGGUCCUUGUUAACAACCGAACUGCAAGUGCAAGUGAAAUAGUGGCAACGGCACUCCAUGAUAAUUGCAGAGCAGUGCUUGUAGGGGAGAAAACUUUUGGCAAGGGACUGAUCCAAUUGGUAUUUGAACUCGAUGAUGGAUCUGGUGUGGUUGUGACAAUUGGGAAGUAUGUCACACCAAGUCACAUGGAUAUCAAUGGGAAUGGCAUAGAGCCUGAUUUCACACAUAGACCAGGCAUACUAAAAUUCUCAAAAACGCACGCUUAGUGCUGAUCAUCAUAU